AAUGGAAGAAGGGAAGGACCCUGCUGCAUUGAGAACUACUCCCUCUAGGCCCUUCCCUUUGAGGCUUCUGAAGUUCUUCUUGGUAUUUUUGGUUAUUGGUCUGGGUGCUUCGUUUCUCAGCAUGUACAUGAUUAGGCAUUUUGGUAUUCAUAAUGUGGCUUUGAUACAGUCUACCAUUAAACCUUGCUUUGAGCAGCCGGUGACCAUAGAAAGUUUGAUUAGGCCUCCAUCCAGUUUGCUGCAUUCCAUGAACGACACUGAGCUCUUCUGGCGAGCUACUUUUGUUCCGAGGAUCAAGAGUUACCCCUUUAAAAGAACUCCCAAGAUUGCCUUCAUGUUCUUGACCAAGGGACCAUUGCCAAUGGCACCACUCUGGGAGAAGUUCUUUAAAGGGAAUGAGAGGCUUUAUUCAAUCUAUGUUCAUUCGCUGCCUUCCUAUAGUGCGGAUUUUCCACCAUCAUCAGUUUUUCAUAAAACACAGAUCCCAAGCCAGGUUGCUGAAUGGGGAAUGAUGAGUAUGUGUGAUGCUGAAAGAAGACUUCUGGCCAAUGCAUUGCUUGAUAUCUCAAAUGAAUGGUUUAUCCUCUUAUCCGAAUCCUGCAUUCCUCUCCAGAACUUCAGCAUUGUGUACCGUUACAUUUCACGCUCAAGGUAUAGCUUUAUGGGUGCAGUUGAUGAACCUGGCCCUUAUGGGAGAGGACGCUAUGAGGAAAACAUGGCACCUGAGAUCAAUAUGAGUGACUGGCGUAAGGGGUCUCAGUGGUUUGAAGUUAACCGGGAACUCGCCCUUAGGAUAGUUGAAGACAGUACUUACUAUCCCAAGCUCAAAGAAUUCUGCGUUCCACACAAAUGCUACGUUGAUGAGCACUAUUUCCAGACAAUGCUAACGAUUAAUACCCCUCAUCUUUUGGCAAAUAGAAGCCUCACUUUUGUGGACUGGUCAAGGGGUGGUGCUCAUCCAGCUACUUUUGGGAAGGAUGACAUCAAAGAGGAAUUCUUCAAGAAAAUUUUGCAAGACCAGACAUGUCUUUAUAAUAACCAGCCAUCUUCCCUUUGCUUCUUAUUUGCAAGAAAAUUUGCACCUAAUGCUUUAGGCCCUCUUUUAGACAUAGCAACCAAAACUCUAGGAAUUUGAAAAGUGCCUGGCUGAUAAGCUGUAUCUUCGAAGGAGCGCUGACUGGAGCAUGUUAGUUAGUCAUCUGUUACUCCAUUACAGUCACAUGAUUCAUCAUCCCAGCAUUGCGGAAAUUUUGAGCUGCCCCUCCAGCAUUUAGUUGUGCAGAACAUUGAAUCUAAACCACAUUUUUUUUACUGGUAUUAGCCAAAAUAUUGACUAAUACUUUAUUGGAUCUCUCAUUAGAUAAAUAAAUAUUGUAGUAUCUUUUUGGAAUAUGUCUUGCGAUUAAUGUGUAGACACUAGUUGUUUUUCUGAUCA